AUGGCGUUCAAACUCAACGGGAAGAAUUACCCGUUAUGGUCACGACUUAUGAAAGUCGCGAUAGGAGGAAGGAGAGGAUAUUCCCACAUAGUCGAUGAGCCACCAGAACCAAACAGCAAGGGAUAUAGAGAUUGGGAGGAAACCGAUCUCGUGAUUUUCUCGUGGAUAAUCGACAAUAUCGAACAUGAUAUUAUUGCCGAUUUUGCUCACCACCAAACGUCCAAAGCUCUGUGGGACAACCUUCGAAUCACGUUCGAAAGCAAGGCGGAUUCAUUCCAUAUCUACGACCUGGAAGACAAAGUGUUAUAUAUCAGACAGGGGAACUUAGACCUUGAGACAUAUUACCGUCGAAUCCAUGGAUUAUGGAUCAAUGUCGACAGAAGCCAAAAACAACCAGUGACGUGCUGCGAUAAGGGGAUCAAACAGUUCAGAGACUUCACAAGCGAGAAGAGGCUUUUCAAAUUCCUCACUGGAUUAAACCUGGAGUAUAAUGCAAUCCGGCGAGAUAUCCUCAAACUCGAGCCGUACCCCUCAGUCGAAGAGGCCUACGCGUUGGUGAAGAAGGAGGCGACUCGAUGCAAAAUCAUGUCACUGGCAUCCUCUUCACCAAUCGGAGAUGCCACUGGCGUAGGGAGCACCGAUACAUCAUCGGGGGAGAUCGGAUAUGGAUUCGGAGCUCAAAGAGACCGACCCAACCGAAACGGACCGCAGCGUCCUCCACCUGCCGGAGCCGCCGCUCACCAAGCCGGAGGGAAGCCGGACAAGAGCAAAUAG